UUAUCGGAUCUGAGCCCACACAGCUCGGUUGGGCGGAAACAGCAUAUCUGUGUUACCGAGCCGCAGGGUUUACUCUGCGGGCCUUUGGUGUCGUUUGACGGUAUGACAUUACAAUCGUAUUUACAUCGCUGGAGAGCAGAGCCUGCAGAGGACAGGCCGGGAGACGUCGUAGUUUCAUAUUGAUUUAAAAACACAGCGUGUGGUUUGGUUGUCCUGCUCGUCUCCUCACUUGGUUGCCACAACUGAGGCGGCGCUUGGCAUCUGCGUCGUAGGUGGAGAAAUCUGCCAGGGCAGGAAUUUUUACUGCACUCCCCUCAGAGCUUACACCCCGGGCUGCUGUCCUCCUCCUCCUCAUCCUCCUCUUCCUCCUCCUGGGGGCAUUUAUUUAAAACCUAUCACGUAGUUAUUGUGGACGGACAUGGCGGACACCCUGAGGAGACUGACCAACACAUCUUCCUUCAGCGUCUUGCAGGACAAGCUGGAGAGCUGGCACAAAGACUACCAUGUGAUUUCCUGUGACCAGAAUCUAAACAGAUGUUGUGAGCUGAUUGAACUAACCGCCAAGAUCCAGGGCCAGCUGUUUGCCAUCCUCAACCUCACGGCUGCCGAGGGCGGACACUAUGCCGGAGUGGACACUCUCAAAAUGCGCCUGCUGCCAUGGCUUGGAACCUGUUUCUCGAUGGCGAGGCCGUCGGUCACCGAUGACACCAGUCUGCAGCUCAUCCAGGAUUCAGUGGAGAAAGACAGAAAGAUCAGGGAGCUCUCUGCCUCCCAUGACAGCGACAUGCUGAAGAUGGACACUCAGCUGUGCUCCACUCGCCUGCAGUUGGACUCCAUCCGUGCAGAAUUGGCCGUUGCUCAGAACGAACUGGAUGACACAAAGAGCAAAUCAGCAACUACUCUGCUGGCCACUGAAGAUGAAAUAUUACAGCUGAAAGCAGAUUUACGAUCCGCACACGAGCAGGUGGAGAUUUAUAAGAGGAAGCUGGAUGCUCUCGAUGACUACGAGCGGCAGAUCCGCCUGCUGAGGGAUGAAGUGUCCUACCUGAGCACAGAGAAGGCCAUGCUGCAGGAGAGGUUGGUGAGAAGUCGUUCUCCGAGCCCCUUGCCCAGGUUAAGCCGCUCUUCCAGCCCCGUGAGGAGCGAGUCGCCCACCAGAGCUCAGCUCACCAACUCUUCCCGCCAUGCACGCCUCAUAUCACGCUUCAGUGACCUUUAUGCUGUGGAGCGUCUGGAGGCCCAGGCCAUGCUUCGACGCUACAUCGCUGACUUAGACAUGGUCCAGAAAAUCAUCUUCAUUGCUGUCGUGGAAUCCUUUAAGACAGCAAAACUGGCUUACCGUCAGUUCAAGCUGCGCGUGAGAAAGACGUUGUCCACAUCCCACUUUGGGCCAGAAAGUCUAGAGGAUGCAGCUGUGGACUACAUCGUCAGAAACCUGGACCUUUACGAUGUCCAGGCCAGCGUCAAUGAUGUGAUCAACGCCAUGAAUGUGAACCCUCGAAUCUCUUUCCCGCCAGAAGUGGACUUUGUCCUCAUCAGUGCCUUGAUCAGAGACACGUGCAGGGCGGCCUUUGCCAUGCAGACUCUGGACCCCCCGCUUGACUUGGCUUUUGCCAGCGAUGGAGAACUUUACAACGACAACAAGUAUCGUCGCAGCUAUGACUCUGAGUUCUCCGCCCCUCUGGUGAUGCACCACGUGUGGCCAGCCUUGGUGGAAGGAGAUGCUGUGGUAGUGAAGGGCGAGGCCGUGACUAGAAGAGGCGCUCUGUGGAACAGAAGCAGGAGCAGGAGUGCCAGCCCAGUGCGCUCUCGCUCUCUCAGCCCGAGUCGCAGUCUCGCAUUUAAGAGAAGCCUGUCUCCUGGACGUCUUACAGCGAGCCACCUGUGAACUCUGACCUCUCUGUCAACACCUAAGAACAUCAGUGAAAUAAAGUUUGAGGUAUUUC